CUGUUAGUAUUAUUGCAGUGAACAGAGCAGCGUCUCUUCCACACCGAAUAAAUUAUGCAGUUUUCUUCUAGAUUAAGCGAUCACAGGAAGAGUUUGUGUCGCUUAGCAAAGUAACAUAUAAUCACCGUUAAAUUAAUUAAUACUUAAAUCUCAGAACUCUUCCUACAGAAUAUUGCCAAGUCACACGUAUGCUUAUUCUCCAAAGUCCAAACGGAGAGUAAUAAAAGCGCUUCCCCAAGAUAAUUUUGAUUCGGCCUUUCCUUUUCUCCCUUGAUCACCGUAAUCAUCGCUAUGGGUGGAGGAGCUGCCAUGAAAGCUGCCUGUAAGAUCGCCGGUAUCGGCGUCGUCAAUAGCGGCUUCCGGGGAGGGUUUUCUGCUGUCUCGUCUCCGGCUGAACAGUCGGUGCGCAACGCCUCACGUCCCGUGUCGGCGAUCCUCUCGUCCUGUCAGACUGGGGCUACCGGUGGCGUGGAAAUCGCCGGAGUUCAGCGUCCAGCGUUGCAGAUUGACGAUUGGGAGUUUGCUGGUGGAGAUGAGGAGCAGUUGCUCGAAUCUAACGACCCCAUUCCAAGAGUUGUGUUCGGGCCUGCUCCGAGCCUGCAGGAGGCGAAAUCGGCCACUAAUGAGUUGAAGGAUGCUCUAGAGAAAGUGUAUACAUCAUCUUCUCCUCGCCCGGGAUCUGGAGGUUCAUUGGGAGGUGGUCAGCUGUCUGGCCUAACUUUGCUUACAAACUCAGACUAUUUGGAGAACAAAAGCUGCAUCACUUGUGAGCCUAGAUCAAAUUCUGCAUCAAGCUAUGCAAUAAAGGCAUUCGCAUUGCUCAAUGAAAGUCCUGAAGCACAGUCUGUUGUUGCUUCCAUUGCUGCGGAUCCAAAUGUCUGGGAUGCUGUGAUGAAGAAUGAGGCUCUUCUGGAAUUCCUCCAGUCACAGAAGACCAAAUCUGAUGCAGAUGAUGAGUCACAGGAUUUGGGCUCUCCAAGGGAGUUUACUAAAUUAUCUGAUGAUGCAAGUGAAGCCGGAAAGUUUGAGAACGGAUAUAAGUAUAGAUUUGAGAACAUCAAGCACACUGUGGUUGAGAUGAUGAAUAACGUCUCUUCUUUUGUUCAUCACAUUUUUGGUUUUUCUGCUGCUGAGAACAUUUCUGGAGCUGCAGAUGGAAAUUCUCGAUCAUCUUUUUCUGAUAACACCUUGAGAGCUUCUUUCAUGGCAUUGGCAUUGAUGGUUAUCGUCAUGGUGGUGCUGAGGAGAGGUUAGCUUCCAUUUAGGAAGCCAAACUGUAAAUUUGUCGAGUAUACAGACCAUACUUAAUUUCCUGUUUGGAUGCCUUGAAUGGAUAUAUUGCUAGUAAUCCUAAUAGCUUAUCUUCUUAAGCAAACCAGUGGACAAACAUUCCUACAGUUAAAGUAGUUAUUUUGAUUA